AUGAAAGUUGCACUCGUCACAGCAUCCUCCGCAGGCCUUGGGACCGCCAUUGCAAAGAGCUUGGCCCCGAACAUGCGAGUUGUGAACAAUUACUGGUCUAAUGCCGAGCGUGCCGAACUUAUUCAGAAAGAAAUGGGUAUCAUUGCCGGAAGUGAUAAGCUUGUUUCCGACACCAUUGAUACCAUGGGGCGAUUAGACGUUGUUGUAUCCAACGGAGGAUGGACUCGAAUCAGAAAACUCGAUGACUUGGAUCAGAACGUUGAUGAGAAUGACUGGGAUCAAUGUUUUAACAUCAAUGUCAAGAGUCACCUGUUUCUUCUGCAUGCGGCACGGAAGUAUCUUGAUGAGACCCAAGGCUCAUUUGUCACAGUUGCCAGCGUUGCAGGAGUAAAACCAAGCGGGAGCUCAAUAGUACUGCCCCUACCUCUGUACCCUCCUGGGCACCUUCAUUACUGA